CCACUUUCUUUUUUUAUCUUCUACGCCCCCACCCUGGAUAACGCUUGCCCAUCUCAUCAUUCAAUUCACGCAAGUAAUAGCACCUCCGAUUUCAACAGAACCGUCGGCUUCUGCUCUCUCUCUCUCUCUCUCUCACCUUCUACCUCAUCCCUAUUUUCUCUCUCCAGAAAAUUCUUCAGAUUCCUGAGAAACAAACAAACCCUUCCCUAUCACAAUCCUCCACAUGCUCUAGUGAGAUAAAAAACCUCUCCAAUCGAGCCGCGCGCUGAUAUAUACGCACUGGAUAAUCGCAAGCCUUCUCAGUUUAUCCACUUGCCUUAAUUUCUAUAUAAUACCCUGUGGAUCUGUGUUUUCUCCUUCAAAUUUUCAUUUUCUCGGUGUUUUUCGGCGUAGGAUUUGCAUUUUCCGUCGAUUGCUUCUGUAAUUUUGUCUUGCGUUUGUCAUUAAGAUGACGAGACAACAACAGGAUCGGCAAUCCAGGUUGUUCUACGAGCUUUCUGCUCUCGUUCUCGACAUCCUCCGAUUUCCGCCGUCGUCGUUGCACCUCCCUGACGGCUCGCCGGCCGUCGCUCCUUCGAGGAGGUCGGUUAUGCCUUCGAACAUGUCUCCGGCGGGAUUUGCCUCGUUGCUUCUGGGGAUUUCGCUGUCCCUGAUGCUCUGUGGAUCGGUCACUUUCUUUAUUGGGUUCUUGUUGAUGCCCUGGGUGCUUGGAUUGGUCUUGGUUUUCUACGUAAUUGGGAUAGUUUCGAGUCUCUCGAUGUUGGGAAGGGCCAUUCUUUGUCAUGCCGCGGCGCUGGCCACUCCCCGGAAGGAGAUUUCUGACUGGUAGGAUGUGGCAAUUCUGUACUAGUGUGUGGAAGAGAGAAAUGAGUGUACUCAAGGCUUCUACAUGGAUCCAUAUAAGCAGGAAUUUGUGGAUACGUAGGUGUUCUGAAGAUUUAGUGUUGCAUGUGGGCAUGGCCCCCUUUAAACUGGGAAUGUGUAUUUCCUCCCUCCUUUCUCUCUUUGGUUUGGGUCAUCCCUAUUCAGCAACUUCUGUGUUUGUGGAUUAUUUGUAAGGCAGCUGUUGGGCAUUAUAAUAUAUAUAUAUAUAUAUAU